GCUCACGGCGGAGACUCCGAGCGAGUACUACAGGAUCAAGCGCGUCGACUUCGCGAUGGCCGUCGACACCGGGCUGACGGAGCAGUGGCUGUGGCGCUUCCGGCUCCAGGAGCGCGGCGCGGCGGAGCGCCUGCGCGCGCGGCUGCAGAACGCCCGCGGGCGCGCCGAAGCAGGUUCCAGAGCGCCGCACCCGAAGAGCAAGGACCUCCAGGAGUGGAGGGCGCAGCGGGGCCUGCAGCUCCGGGAGCGGGCGCAGGUGGCCGCCGACCCGGGCAGGCUGCCAGCGGUCGCGAGCCUGCGGGCGGGCGCCGACGCGUUGGCCCACAAGAUGACGCCGAGCUCCAGCGACGGCUUCCUCCCGCCCGCCGCGGGGGCGGCGUCGACGCCGCCCGCGGCGGGGCCGACGAGGCGGCGCAAGCGCUCGCCGCGCGCCGUCGUGCCCAACGGGGCCCUGUCCGCGUACCCGAUUCUGCGCCUGACUCCGCUGCCCCAGCUGGCGCAGCGGCCGCCGAAGGGCGACGCCGUGAUGGUCGGGAUGCAGUCGAUGCCCAACUUGCGCAAGGCGGAGGGCGGCAGGCUGGGCCACCUGUAGCGGGCCCGCAGCAACGCGUGCUGCGGGCCCCUGUGGCUCCUCCCCUUCCCGGGUCGUCCCUUGGAAAUCGCACAACCACUAUUGCAUAUGCCCGCUCAUACUCUACCUAUGUGUCACAUCUCCUCCUGCUCUUACCUACCCCAGGCGCCCGACUGCACCCACUGUCCAUGGCAGCCCCCGUUUCAGGAGCUGUCCAGCGUAGAACCUGUCCUGGCUGCGCAUUUGCCCUGCGCACUGCACUCUGCAUGACGCGUGGCAAGGGGUGAGGGGCCAGGGCUGGGGGCAGAGGAUCUGUCCAAGGCGGCUUCCCUCGCCCCGUCCACUUGUGGGCUGCGCGCGGCCGGGCAGGAGGGGGACGGAUCCGUCGAGCCCAGUGCGGGGUGCGUCCGGUGCAGAGUCUAGGCGUGUCCGGCUCGACCAGCGCCUCGAAGAGGAUGAUGUUGGUGCGAUCCGAUUUUCACUGCUGGGUAUUUUUGCGCAGCAGGAGGGGCCAUCAGGUCGGUCGGCAUGUAGCUCGAAGGCUGCUGCAUAUCCGCGGCGGGGUGGUCCUGUGAUUCGGCGACACCCGCGGCGCGCAGCCCCGAGGCGGCACGUCGGCCGACUCGCUGAGAAAAGCAAAGCGGUGCGUGCCGCUUCCCUGGAGAGCUGAGGGGGCUCGCUGGAAGCCCACAUUGGGACGCUGUGCACCACCACUGCGCCCUGGUCGAGGCUGAGACGUUGAGUCCAUCGCAGAAGAAACAACCCACUACAUGAGCCGAAUCCGCGAGGUCCUCCGAGAGUUCAUGCUCGUGCAGCUUUCAUGUCUUAUCCAAGAGCUCGGACGUUGGAUCCACCACCCCAUGGCCCAGGACAGCGUUGGCCAGGGGUUGUGGCACUGUGUGUUGUUUGUGUUGUUCAGGAGGGGGAAAGGCAC